UUAUCCCGAACAAAUUAAUUUGAACUCGACGACUAAAAUGUUCGGGGCAAAAUAAUCUGCAUCGCGCAUCGUCUGAAUGAAAUCGUGCGCGAGAUUAUGACCCAGUUUAUUCUUCAGCACGCUGUUUUGACGGUGAAAUCGUGUAUACUUUAGCCGAUAUGGUUUCGGCUAAUAUUAGUCGAAUCACGCAGAAUAAAAUAUCGAAUCCGAUAUCGUUUAGUUUGAUCUAUUAACAACAGGCUAAAACUCUAACCUUAGUAAUUAAAUAUAUUCCUUACCAAAUAAAUUUUUAUCUAAUUUCUAAGUAAAUAAAAGCUGAUUAAAAUAUAGAGUACGAUUUCAUUUUGGUCUACCCUGUUUGUAUCUCGCGUAGGAUUCAAAAUCUGAAUUCCCUUAUCUUCUUCAGCGUCUUCUUCCCUAUCUCGUCGCCCCUCCCAGAUUUUUUUCCCUACGCGCUCUGCUUUCUGCUAUUCUCAUAUGCUCAGGAAGAAAAAUCUCGCGGCUCUAUCCUUCCAGCCGUCUUCUUCCCUUAUCCCUGCCGCCGCUCUGCUCAAAAUUUUUCUCACCGCCGUUGCCUCGUUCCCAUCCGCUCGGCCACCCUGGAUAAAAAUCCCAUCGCGGUGUCCAUCUUCUGCUCUUAGCCGAGUGCCCCUGCCCUGCUCCCUACCGAGCCCCCAUGGCGCGGUCGCCUCUCCCUGGUGACUCGCCCAGCCUCUGCUCCUCUUCUCCCCGGCGCCUGGUCGGAUGUGGAUCCUCUGCUCGAAGCUCCCAGCGCCGGAUUCCCUGCAAGCUUCAGCUUCCUGCACGCCCAGCCUCUCCACUUCUCCAGCGCCCAGCCCCAACUCCCAGCCGAGCUCGGCCGCCCGGCCCCCAACGCCGCUCUCUUCCCCAGCGCCCCUCCCCUCUGUUCGCUUGUCGCCAUGGCCACCGUAGCUCAGCUCGACCGCUCGGCUUCCCCUAGCCUCUUCCCCUGCGAGCUCGACUCCUGCUCACCCAUGGAGUUCGCCCAGCUCCCUGCUCCGGUGACUAGCGCUCGGCGUCCUGCUCUCUAUGCCCUGCUCGUCCCUGCGCACGCGCCGCGGUUUCCCCCGAGCUCCCUCGCCGUGGAUUCUUUCUGCGCGUCCUCUCCGGCGCUGCGGUGCCCCAGCUUGGCCUCUGCCCAUUCCUCAGCCGCACCCUGCUCCAGUCGCUCACCCAUCGGACGCUACACGCUCGCCUCUGCUCGUUCCGUGGGUGCGCACUGCCUUCUAUGUCCAUGGUGCGCCCUCACCUCUACUUCUCUGCUGGCCGGCGUUUUUCCAGCCGUGGAUCUCCUUGUGUGCCGCGUCCGGCUCCCUGACGUGCCGCGGUGCCCGUCGCCCUGCGCGCGCUCUGUUUCCUCGCGCGGCUUCGUGCUCGCUUGGCCGUUGUCUUGGAUGUGCAGGAGUAGUGUAGGUGCUUGCAGUCGGUGGAUCCUCGAUAUCGAGCUGGGAUUAGAGAAGACAGUACUGUUCCGUGCGUCGCUUAUCCGAUGCUCGACGGAAUGUCCAACUGGGAGGUGAUAGCUUCGUGUGUCGGCGAGCCGUCGUUUUCCUCGUUCAGUGUUUGCGCGGGCUUGCCUGAACCGUGCUGCCAUCUCCCGACCGUUGGCCCUUGCCCACUGCAUGGGCUUGUCGUGCUAGUCAACCCCGCCUCGAUCCUCGUCGUCGAUACUGCGCUUGCUGGUGGCCAAAGCUCGCGCUAAGCUGCUCGAUCACACCUCGUCAGCUCGCUUCAUACUCAAUCUCGUCGUCGCGUCGUGUGUGCAUCACUCGCCAGCCAUAUGUGAUCAAAGACGUCAACCGGGAACCAUCCUCGUGCUUGCAACUAUCGCGUCGAAUUAGUCAGGGUAAGUUGAUUCGUAUUCCCGUUAACUAGGUCUAUAAAUAGAUUAAAUAGAAUUGUUGGUCACAGUAAAUAUUAUGAAUUUAGCAUGCGUAUAUUGUGAUGAUCGAUUUAGAUAGCUCGCUAAAUCAAGUAAUUAAGUUACACAGUUUAGAGAGUUAAUAAAAAGCUAGGAAUAAAAAUAGA